AAUGAGAUGAUUCCCAGAAAUUUACUCACUGAAAUUGCAUACACUCUUAACCCUUUGUAAGAUCCCACAAGUAAUCUAGUCCAGCACGUUACAUCCGAUCCAAUCCAAUUCGCGCCUGAUGGAGCCGGCAGCACCAGCAGUCAUCGACGCCGGCACCGGAAUCGCCACCGAAGAGGUUUCCCCGGCGGAAACCGCAAUACUACAAUUGAAACAAGCGAUAUGGCAACAAUAUCAACACGUGCUAGACAAAACAACCCCGCACGUGCUACCGCGAUGGAUAGGGUUUUCGGUCGUCGCUUUCAUCUACAUCCUCCGCGUCUACUUACUAGAAGGCUUCUACAUCGUUACGUACGGUCUUGGCAUUUACAUCCUCAAUCUCCUCAUCGGUUUUCUCUCCCCUCAGGUUGAUCCCGCCAUCGCCGACGCCGCUGACGGUCCUACUCUCCCCAUUAGAGCUUCCGAUGAGUUCCGUCCUUUCGUUCGCCGCCUCCCUGAGUUCAAGUUCUGGUACUCGAUCACAGUGGCAUUUUGCAUUGCAAUUGUGAUGACUUUCUCUAGUGCGUUUGAUAUUCCAGUCUUCUGGCCUAUACUCCUCUUCUACUGGGUGGUCUUGUUCUCGCUUACUAUGAGGAGGCAGAUAUCACAUAUGAUCAAAUACAGAUAUGUACCGUUCAAUUUCGGAAAACAGCACUAUCAGAGAAAGAGAGCAUCAGAAGAAGAAAGCACAAGUCUUCCUGUGGACUGAAAUUUUCAGUUUUGCUGCACAUUUAAGUCAAAACUGAACCCCAAGCAUGUAGCUUCGCAUUAUAUUUUAGCAACAUGAGCAAUCUAUUGUCAUGAUGAUUGAUUAAGAUUGCUCUGAGGUCUAGCGUAUACGUGAACAUCUGGAUGUUCAGUUCCCUAUUGGGCAGCUAUUUGGAUGCCUUUGACGGCUUUGGGAAGAUGUUGGGAACUGUUUUUUACAUCUUCUUUUGUAAAAUGCUUUUUACUUUUUUUUUUCUUUUUUUCUUUUUUUCUUUUUUCUUUCUUUCUAUAUAGGAGGGCAAAUUCAAAACUCUUAUUGCUGAAUUCAUAGUCCAAUAACAAAAAAAAUAUAAAAACUGUGCAGAAGUCCCUUUUAUUAUUUGCAGAUGAGGUUAACACUGAUAUGUCUCUUCCAUUGCAUUUUUUCCCUUUCUUUUUAGGAAUCGCUCUCUUGGGUUAUUUUCA